AUGUAUAAUGUAUUACUGGAGUGGGAAGUCAAAGAUGAGAUGGUCAAGGAAACCAUGAUCAAGUGGGCAAAAGAUCUAGGGAAGACAAUCGAACUUGAAAAAUGGGAAGGGCUGUGGAAAGAAUCGUGGAAAUUUACGGCGGCACAAGGGAUCAGGGAAAACCUAAUCAAGAUGUUCUACAGGUGGUACAUGACGCCAACUCUCCCACGCCUAACACUCGGCCCCACAGAAGUGGUGCUGGGCAAACCAAGCAACUUGACAUGUGCAGCAUCCGACUAUUACCCUGCCCGUCUCUCUGUGAAGUGGCUGCGAGGCAGUGAGACUCUGAAAGUUGACUCGCCCGCUGGCAAGCCUGGGUCCAACUACCUCUUCUAUGCAGAGAGUGUCCUGGAGUUCACGCCACAGAUCUCCGACGCUGGUGUUACUUUCUCGUGCCUCAUCCAACACCAAGCAGCAAAAGACCCAAUCAGUCAAGAUUUUGAGCUGGUUGUGGUAGCUCCCCCACGCCUAACACUCGGCCUCACAGACGUAGAGAUGGGCGAACCAAGCAACUUGAUGUGCGCAGCUUCUGACUUUUACCCUGGCAAUGUCUCUGUGAAGUGGCUGCGAGGCAGUGAGACUCUGAAAGUUGACUCGCCGCCUGUCCAGCCUGGGCCAAAUGGUCUCUUCUAUGCAGAGAGUGUCCUGGAGUUCACGCCACAAAUCUCUGACGCUGGUGUUACCUUCUCGUGCCUCAUCCAACACCAAGCGGUGAAACACCCAAUCAGUCAAGAUUUUGAGCUCAAGGUGCACGCUCGCCCAGAACUUCAUAUGGUCACCAGGCCACCAGGGAAGACGUUCUUGGUAGCUGAGUGCCUAGUAUGUGGGUUUUACCCACAAAACAUUAAAGUGCAGUGGCUGCAAAAUGGGAAGCGGAUACAAGAGAGAAUAUACGAGUCAGAACUUGUACAUAAUCCUAAUGGGACAUUCUCAACUGGAAGUGUCUUCUUCCCAAAGCAGGGCCUUUUUGCAGUCAAUUAUACCUGCCAGGUACAACAUGAAGCACUGGAGGCACCACUGAAGGAGAUGAUCCCAUGGGAGCCAGAAGCUCCAGGAUACUUUGGAUCACCGAUGACCUGGCUGCUAGGAUCUGUGGGACAUCUUGUGGGACUUGGCAUUGGAGUUGGAGUGACGUUGAUAUACCUAAGACGCAGAGCAGCCAAGUACGACCAAGCUGCGCCGAAUGACCAAACCCUCCUGAAGAAGAUGUCGAAAGGUGCAUGGGCAGCCGUGAUAAUCCAAGUCCCUUCAACCCCAGUCCAGGCCGGGCCACGCUCUAAUGCAUACAUGCCUUGCUACUUCACUUUAGACCCUCCCAGGACCAUAAAUGCUAGUAUCCUGAAACUCUCCUCUCUCCCUCCAGCUCUCCCACGCCUAACACUCGGCCCCACAGAAGUGGUGCUGGGCAAACCAAGCAACUUGACAUGUGCAGCAUCCGACUAUUACCCUGCCCGUCUCUCUGUGAAGUGGCUGCGAGGCAGUGAGACUCUGAAAGUUGACUCGCCCGCUGGCAAGCCUGGGUCCAACUACCUCUUCUAUGCAGAGAGUGUCCUGGAGUUCACGCCACAGAUCUCCGACGCUGGUGUUACUUUCUCGUGCCUCAUCCAACACCAAGCAGCAAAAGACCCAAUCAGUCAAGAUUUUGAGCUGGUUGUGGUAGCUCCCCCACGUCUAACACUCGGCCUCACAGACGUAGAGAUGGGCGAACCAAGCAACUUGAUGUGCGCAGCUUCCGACUUUUAUCCUGGCAAUGUCUCUGUGAAGUGGCUGCGAGGCAGUGAGACUCUGAAAGUUGACUCACCGCCUGUCCAGCCCGGGCCCAAUGGUCUCUUCUAUGCAGAGAGUGUCCUGGAGUUCACGCCACAAAUCUCUGAUGCUGGUGUUACCUUCUCGUGCCUCAUCCAACACAAAGCGGUGAAAGACCCAAUCAGUCAAGAUUUUGAGCUCAAGGUGCAAGCUCGCCCAGAACUUCAUAUGGUCACCAGGCCACCAGGGAAGACGUUCUUGGUAGCUGAGUGCCUAGUAUGUGGGUUUUACCCACAAAACGUUACAGUGCAGUGGCUACAAAAUGGGAAGCCGAUACAAGAGAGAAUAUAUGAGUCGGAAUUUGUAAAGAAUCCUAAUGAAACGUUCUCAACCGGAAGCGUCUUCUUCCCAAAGCAGGGCCUUUUUGCAGCCAAUUAUACCUGCCGGGUACAACACGAAGCAUUGGAGGCACCACUGGAGGAGACGAUCCCCUGGGAGCCAGAAGGGGCAGCUGUGAUAAUCCAAGUCCCUUCAUCCCCAGUCCAGGCAGGGCCACACUCUGAUGUAUACCUGCCUUGCCAUUUCUCCUUAGACCCUCCCAGGCCCAUAAAUGUUGAUUUCCUGAUUGUGACAUGGUGGCUGAGAGGAAGAACCGUUGCAAAGUUUGAUACCAACACCACAGCGUCUAGACCAAGGGGAGCAGUGCUUGAUGCGAUGCGGCUGCAAGAGGGCAAUGCCACCCUCUACCUCCAAGAUGUAAGGGAUGAGGAUGCUGGGGAGUAUAUAUGUUUUGUUCUGCAUACUCCUGACACUGCUGAAAGGAAGGUGGCAUUGAAAAUAGAAGCUCCCCCACGCCUAACACUCGGCCCCACAGAAGUGCUGCUGGGCAAACCAAGCAACUUGACAUGUGCAGCAUCCAACUUUUACCCUGGCAAUGUCUCUGUGAAGUGGCUGCGAGGCAGUGAGACUCUGAAAGUUGACUUGCCGCCUGUCCAGCCCGGGCCCAAUGGUCUCUUCUAUGCAGAGAGUGUCCUGGAGUUUACGCCACAAAUCUCUGACGCUGGUGUUACCUUCUCGUGCCACAUCCAACACCAAGCGGUGAAAGACCCAAUCAGUCAAGAUUUUGAGCUCAAGGUGCACGGACCUGUAGUGCGGUCCGUCUGGCGCCUCCCUUGA